AUGACGGUCUAUUACAAAAGUAAUUACAGGCGACGGCGUGGUUGUGAAAAGGGCGGGCAGCCGCUCUUCGGCAGCGGCGCUACAUCGCGCGGGCGGCGGCUGUCGGCAGUAGAGCGCGCUGCGCGGUCGCCGACGCACGCCACCAUGCUCGCCGGGCUGCUGCCUCUCACGCUGCUCCUGGCGUGCGCCACCGCAGAAGCCUCACAAGAUGAUUCCGAUCAGCUGUUGAUGCGCCGCGACCACAGGACAUCGUUGGACGGUCGUUCGAGUGGGUCGGCCGGAAAGUGCCAGUAUGAGGGACGGUACUUCGCCGAUGGUGACGAAGUGCUCACCCACGCGGCCUGUCUGCGGUGCCGAUGCGGCGGCGGCGCGAUAUCCUGCCGGAGGCGCACCUGCGCCCCCCUCCCGGAGCCGCCGCCCCCCCGCUGCCACGUCACGCAUCGGAGGGACGCUUGCUGCCCCGAGCUGCAAUGCCAAGAUGGCACUGUCACAAUGGAGCGAGCUUCGUCAGGGAUCGAAGAGGAAUAUCCAGAUACGGCGACGUCGCCUAACCACGUUUUUCCAGUGUGCGUGGAGGGCGGUACUGCGUAUUCGGCCGGCUCGGCCAUGAGCUCGAGCACUGCCUGCGAGCAGUGCUUCUGCUUGGGGGGUGCAAGGCGCUGCGUGAGGCCCAAGUGCCUGCCACCGCCCAUCGGGUGCAAAGCCCGCCCCGCUCCAGGCGCCUGCUGCCCCCAGAAGUACUACUGCGACCACGCCACCACCAAGCCCCCAGGCGAACGACCGUUACACGAUUGCAAAAUCGACGGCAAGUGGACGAUGGAGGGGGAACGUGUCUCAUCGCCGGGUGAUAAAGCCAAUUGCUCUCAGUGUUUCUGUAUGCGUGGGUCCGUUCGCUGUCAGUCCCUGGCUUGUGCCCCACCGCUUAUGGGUUGCAUGCCAAUCCUGUCACCGGGGCAGUGUUGCCCGCAUCAGUAUCAAUGUGAUCAUCAACAGAGACGUGGACUACCCGGAUUCUACCUUCAGCCGAUCAUAGACAACACUUUAAUAUCAAUUCGUAGUCAAGACAGGGCCUUUCGCAAUGCCCCGUCUCAUGACAAUAAGACUACGACAGUAUCGACAAGUAUUAGUACUAUUACAGAAAAAACCACUCCUUCAGUGACGACCAUUAAAAAAGACUCCACAACAACCAUUAAAGUGAAAAGGAAAACGAAUGAUGGCGCGCAGAGCUCCAACCAUACGCCUGAAGAAAAUGUUACCACCUCAACUGUGACACCAUCAACAACUCAAUCGAGUACCUUGGUAACCGAUAUUACUACAGAUGGAACAAUUGAGGAUGAUGCAACAGAACAGCCCGAUGGAUCAGUUAAGAUUAUGAUUAACGGCACAAUCAACUGCACCGCGGAACUGUCAUCUACAGCGAUUACUCAGAACACAACCAGUGCAAACGACACAAAGGAGUUUACAGACAUCACCUUCAUCCAACCGCGGAUACCUAAUAUCGGGUUAGCAUUUGAAUCACACACUUACAAUCCAAAUGACAUAAUAACGGAUAGAACUUACAGCGAAGAUUUCGACGAAAACGAAUCGUAUACAAUAAAUGUAACUAGUUCUUUGAUAAGUUCUCUACGAACGAACGCAACAGUGCCUACGACCAUAACGCCAUCUACAACAACGGCUGCGAAACCCCCAUCCACCGACAUUUUAGGUACCCUCAAUAUAUCGAAGAAAACGAAGGACGAUUACGAUUACAACAAUUACAAUAAGCCGACCUUACCACCAUCGUUACCAAAUCUAAAGAUCAUUCCUUUCGUUGCAGCGGAUGCUGUUGUCGAUGAUGAGAUAACCUCAAAGGAAAGUUUUACUUACCCGAUCUUAGAACGACAUGACAAGUAUCCAGUAUACUAUCCCAGUGUAGAAGCUAAGGAGCACCCAUUCGCUACGAGGCGUGAAGAAUUGUAUAAUCCGACUCAAUUCCCUAUAUUUUUGUCGAAAAAAGUUGAGCCCUCGCACUACCCUCUUUCUGCUCACGGCGUAGACCUGGCCAAUGAAUAUCCCAGCAAUGGUGAUAUUAUAACAUCACUGCAAGAUUACACGGUGACCACUUCCAUUGGUAAUAAUAUACCCCUCGUUAAUAAGGGAGUCACCAAAGUGUCGAAUCAGAGCUCAUCUAAGUUUGAUUUGCAAACACCUGCAAUAAGUCUUUUUUCACCACCGAUGGAAACUGAAGGAGGUUUUAUCCCAAAAGAUCCGGGUAUAAUCGAUGAUUAUUUCCCAAUCUAUCCCACCACUUCACCAGGGUCAGUGGUACCUCAUUUAACUACUUCAAUGCAACUUGACAUGACAAAAGGUGAGUGCGUAACCGGUGAUGGUCGUAGAGUUCCUGAAGGGGAAUCGAUUGGCUUGGCGUGCUCCGUUUGUACUUGUGCAUGGGGUGAUUUACAUUGUUCCCAGCGACCCUGUCACAUUCCCCCGGGAUGCAAACGGCAACCUGCCAGCCCAGGCUCCACAGAUUUAUGCUGUGGAGACUUACACUGUAAUCAAGAGAACGUUACUAAAUCAGCACCGCUUUUCUUAUCAACGAAGAGUGCCCAAGUAAAUUUAAAUGCUACACAAACGACGCAGUUGAACGACACGGAAAUGUUAACGGAACCUCCUUUAACUAAUAAUACAACGAAAGAAUCUGAACCAACUGAGACAUUCCAUUCAGACUUGCUUAGUGCUUUAUCGAACAUAGUAAAUAACAAAACGGUGGUAACGGAAGAUGAUAAAGUAAUAAAAGAAAAACAUGCCCCUGAAGGAACCAAUAGUAAAUCGACGGACACCAUAGAGGAAUCAAACGCAAAUAACAACUAUACGCAAGAGUAUGAUGAAGAAGAAGAGGACGAGGGAUUUUCGUUCGGAAGUGUGCUGAAACUUCUUCUCAGUGAUAGUUAUGAAUCAACUACGUCAGCUGUGACCAAACAAUCAUCCGUACCCGUAACGAGUCGACCAAUGCUUACUACAAUAAAUACCACACUAGCUCCAACUACUCCGAAGAAACCCCUAAAACCAACUCCAACUCCCUCUCCGGUUACUACCCGACCAUCAUUCUUGCCGCCAAUGAAUCAGCAAGUCCAAAAUGAAAUACAUCGUAUAGAUCACUUGAUGCUUGGGGAAGCGACGGCCAUCAAAAAGACAACUCCACGGCCAGCAACUGUACCAUUUAAGCCAAUUGGUACUAGAAAACCACCGCCAAUAAAACAACCUGCCACCCACAGGCCCACGAUUGCCGCUAAGCCAGUCGAGGUAACCAAGAAAACUGAUUUAGGCCAAUACACAUCUGUCGCUCAAGAGAGCGUUCGGCCGUUCUUUUUCAACAACGCAGGGGCACUGGGUGCGGGAUUGUUGAAAUUAGCUGGGUGUAAUAUAUACGGUCAAAUGUAUAGAGUGGGAAGGAUAAUCGCAGAGCUGUCGACGCCAUGCCAGGAGUGCAGAUGCACAGAGAUAGGGGUACAGUGCAGGCAGUUGAGCUGC